AUGACAGGCGAAGCAGUGAAGCUCUACAUUUACGAUCUAUCCAAUGGACUUGCCAAGCAAAUGUCAAUGUCGUUGACAGGACGACAAAUUGAUGGCAUUUGGCAUACUUCAGUCGUCGUCUUUGGACAAGAGUUCUAUUAUGGUCAAGGCAUCCUUACAUCGUCACCAGGUGCUACGCAUCAUGGCCAACCACUAGAAAUCAUCGAUAUGGGCGAGACAUACUUGCCUCCAGAGGUGGUAUUGGAAUACAUUGAGAGUCAACGCAGUGUGUUUACACCUGAAAAGUACCACUUGCUUGAUUUCAACUGCAACACCUUUUCCGAGAGCAUGUGCCAGUUCUUGACAGGCAAAAGCAUCCCAAGUCAUAUUACAAGUUUGCCUUCCGACUUUUUGAACACCCCUUUUGGUCAAUCCAUGCUUCCUAUGAUCGAGAACAUGUUUGGUCAAUCUCAAGCAGCACCUUCAACAAAUGCACCACCUCCUUCUUCAGCACAACCAUCCGAUAGCGCCCAAUCCCUUUUGCAGAACAUCUCAUCAGCAGCCAUAUCAGCUCCACCUAAACCUGUGCAAACAGCUCAAAACCUUGCAAGCCUAGAACAAUGGAUCCAAUCUUACAAGGCUGUUGUCGUAUUCUUCACAUCGGCUACGUGCCCACCUUGUCGAAUGAUCAAGCCUGAUUUCGAGAGGUUAAUGGAGGAAAAGAACUCGACGGGUGGUACAAAGAUCAAAAUCCUUGGUGUCAUUGUGGAUACCUCGGUUGCAUUUGACGCAGCAUCAAAGUAUGGUAUUCGUGCAACGCCCACAUUUAUGCUUUUCCACCAAGGACAAAAGUUUUCCGAUUUUCGAGGUGCCAAUUAUGCCGAGCUGCAAAGUUCUGUCAACCUAUUACUAUUUACGGCAUAUCCACCACAUCCUCAUCGCAAGAUUCAGCUACGCAAUGUUGUCAACCUACCCAACAAGCCUGUGCUCUAUGCCACACCUGGUAAAAUGGACAUGAUCUUUGGCAAACUUGAGACCUUCCUUGAGCAAGACAAGAUUGAAUUGAAUGAACAAGAGCAACGCACCCUUUCCCAAAGCAAAGCUGCUAUACAGCAAAAUGAUGCAAAGUCACUUGAUAUGCAGCAUUGGCAUCAGCUGUUAGACAAGCUCUUGGAUAAGCUCCCGAUGGAUCACCAGUUCCCAUUGUUGGAUAUCUUUCGGACAUUGCUAGCAACACAACAUGCUGCCGAUUUUUACAUGAAUGACUGCUCACAACUGGUGCGUGUCAUUGAGAAUGGUUACAAGCAAACAAGUAUACCCAAGGCCUCCCUGUUGAUGACCCUUCGUGUGGCUUGUAAUCUGUUUGCUCACGAUCAUCUUGUCACGACCUAUUUUACCUCCACGCUACCAACCGCUUCCCAUCGUGCAUCCUUGACACAGCUUUUGAUCAACAGCCUUCUUUCCCCUGAGAGUCAGGUGCGACAAACAGCAGCAUCUCUUGCAUUCAACUGCUCAACGACUGUUGCCAAUGAACGCCUGAAGAAGGAACAAGAUGAUGAGUACUUAUCGGGUAUGCCAGAGCAAGAGGAUGAUGAUUGGCAAAUUGAGAUUGUGAGUGCUGUCAUGGAUGUUUUGAACAAGGAAACGGAUGAAGAAGUUGUACAUCGAUUGUUGGCUUCCAUUGCCAAGUUUGUUUUUCUUGCACCAGAGCAAUCAUCAGUUGCGGAGCUAUUGUCAGCAUUGGAUAUCAAGCAAGUGAUUGAAACGAAAAAGGCUGAAAAGAUUAUCAAAACUACAUCGAUCGCUGCACUUUCUCGAGAAGUCAUUCAACUUGUACAACCCCCAUCACCUUAG